AUGAGCCAGCCUGAUGCAGUCCGGCUCGUGGGCCAGCCUGAUGCAGUCCGGCUCGUGAGCCAGCCUGAUGCAGUCCGGCUCGUGGGCCAGCCUGAUGCAGUCCGGCUCGUGGGCCAGCCUGAUGCAGACCGGCUCAUGAGCCAGCCUGAUGCAGACCGGCUCGUGGGCCAGCCUGAUGCAGUCCGGCUCGUGAGCCAGCCUGAUGCAGUCCGGCUCGUGGGCCAGCCUGAUGCAGUCCGGCUCGUGGGCCAGCCUGAUGCAGACCGGCUCAUGAGCCAGCCUGAUACAGUCCGGCUCAUGAGCCAGCCUGAUGCAGUCCGGCUCAUGAGUCAGCCUGAUGCAGUCCGGCUCGUGAGUCAGCCUGAUGCAGACCGGCUCAUGAGCCAGCCUGAUGCAGUCCGGCUCGUGGGCCAGCCUGAUGCAGACCGGCUCAUGAGCCAGCCUGAUGCAGACCGGCUCGUGGGCCAGCCUGAUGCAGUCCGGCUCCUGAGCCAGCCUGAUGCAGUCCGGCUCAUGAGCCAGCCUGAUGCAGUCCGGCUCGUGGGCCAGCCUGAUGCAGUCCGGCUCAUGCGCCAGCCUGAUGCAGUCCGGCUCAUGAGCCAGCCUGAUGCAGUCCGGCUCAUGAGCCAGCCUGAUGCAGUCAGGCUCGUGGGCCAGCCUGAUGCAGUCCGGCUCGUGGGCCAGCCUGAUGCAGUCCGGCUCAUGCGCCAGCCUGAUGCAGUCCGGCUCAUGAGCCAGCCUGAUGCAGUCCGGCUCAUGAGCCAGCCUGAUGCAGUCCGGCUCGUGGGCCAGCCUGAUGCAGUCCGGCUCGUGGGCCAGCCUGAUGCAGUCCGGCUCGUGGGCCAGCCUGAUGCAGUCCGGCUCGUGAGCCAGCCUGAUGCAGUCCGGCUCAGGAGCCAGCCUGAUGCAGACCGGCUAGUGAGUCAGCCUGAUGCAGUCCGGCUCGUGAGCCAGCCUGAUGCAGACCGGCUCGUGAGCCAGCCUGAUGCAGACCGGCUAGUGAGCCAGCCUGAUGCAGACCGGCUCGUGAGCCAGCCUGAUGCAGACCGGCUAGUGAGCCAGCCUGAUGCAGACCGGCUAGUGAGCCAGCCUGAUGCAGACCGGCUAGUGAGCCAGCCUGAUGCAGACCGGCUAGUGAGCCAGCCUGAUGCAGACCGGCUAGUGAGCCAGCCUGAUGCAGACCGGCUAUAUUACACCUACACCACAAUGUCAACAAAUCCUAGCCCAGUUGUCAAGACAUCUGCCCCGUCGUCAAGACAUCUGCCCCGUCGUCAAGACAUCUACCCCAUCGUCAAGACAUCUACCCCAUCGUCAAGACAUCUACCCCAUCGUCAAGACAUCUACCCCGUCGUCAAGACAUCUAUCCCGCCGUCAAGACAUCUAUCCCGUCGUCAAGACAUCUACCCCGUCGUCAAGACAUCUACCCCAUCGUCAAGACAUCUACCCCAUCGUCAAGACAUCUACCCCAUCGUCAAGACAUCUACCCCGCCGUCAAGACAUCUUCCCCAUCAUCAAGACAUCUACCCCAUCGUCAAGACAUCUUCCCCAUCGUCAAGACAUCUUCCCCAUCGUCAAGACAUCUUCCCCAUCGUUAAGACAUCUAUCCCGCCGUCAAGACAUCUAUCCCGUCGUCAAGACAUCUACCCCAUCGUCAAGACAUCUACCCCAUCGUCAAGACAUCUUCCCCAUCGUCAAGACAUCUACCCCAUCAUCAAGACAUCUACCCCGCCGUCAAGACAUCUACCCCAUCGUCAAGCCAUCUACCCCGCCGUCAAGACAUCUACCCCAUCGUCAAGACAUCUACCCCAUCGUCAAGACAUCUACCCCGCCGUCAAGACAUCUACCCCAUCGUCAAGACAUCUAUCCCGCCGUCAAGACAUCUACCCCAUCGUCAAGACAUCUAUCCCGCCGUCAAGACAUCUACCCCAUCGUCAAGACAUCUAUCCCAUCGUCAAGACAUCUUCCCCAUCGUCAAGACAUCUAUCCCAUCGUCAAGACAUCUACCCCAUCGUCAAGACAUCUACCCCAUCGUCAAGACAUCUACCCCAUCGUCAAGACAUCUAUCCCAUCGUCAAGACAUCUUCCCCAUCGUCAAGACAUCUAUCCCAUCGUCAAGACAUCUUCCCCAUCGUCAAGACAUCUAUCCCAUCGUCAAGACAUCUACCCCAUCGUCAAGACAUCUACCCCAUCGUCAAGACAUCUACCCCAUCGUCAAGACAUCUAUCCCAUCGUCAAGACAUCUUCCCCAUCGUCAAGACAUCUAUCCCAUCGUCAAGACAUCUACCCCAUCGUCAAGACAUCUACCCCAUCGUCAAGACAUCUACCCCAUCGUCAAGACAUCUUCCCCAUCGUCAAGACAUCUACCCCAUCGUCAAGACAUCUACCCCAUCGUCAAGACAUCUACCCCAUCGUCAAGACAUCUACCCCGCCGUCAAGACAUCUACCCCGCCGUCAAGACAUCUACCCCAUCGUCAAGACAUCUACCCCAUCGUCAAGACAUCUACCCCGCCGUCAAGACACCUAAGAGGAGCAGUCAAGCUGAGUAUCUCUGAUAUUUAA